UUAUAUUGACGGUGCUAUACUUGUUUACGAUAUUUCUCAGACCGAUGGAUUAGGGGAAAUAAUUAAACUUUCACGUGAAUAUACUGACACCGAUAGCAAUUAUGUAACUAAUAAAAUUCCUAUUAUGAUCAUUGCAAACAAAUGGGACAUAAAUAAGCAGAAAAGUGAAAAAGAUAUUUUAAAAGAAGUCAAGAAUUCUGUUGGAGAAGAAUUUUUGUGUAAUAUAACCUCAAUAAACGAAAAAACUAGUACUAGUAUCAAAGAAAUCCUAAAAAAAUGCAUAUCUGGGCUUUUGGACCUUAAAGAAAUCAAUGAUCUAAACGAAUUAACUUUCCUAAGCAACAAAUUUAAGCCCAUGAUGCAACAUGCAGCACGAUUGUAUUUAUAUAGGAUCCCCCCAAAAAUUAUCAAUAGUAGUCGAAAACAGCUAAAAGUACUGAAUGAAGGAAUGGAUGGAAUAAAAUCAUUUUUAUCACUAGAAGUGAGUGUAAAUUCAAUAUUAUUAAACAUAUUUGGUGAUUUCAUAAUAAAUGGUACAUUAAUCAGAUACGUUUAUGAAUUGUUAGAUG